CAUGCCAAUCCAGUAGGUGUCAGUACAAGUAUUUAGAACGCAAUAGUCCCAAAGCUGCAGCAAAAGAUUAUAUUCCAAACAACUUUCUCCUUUUGCUAAUAAUCACGUCGAGCUAACAUCGAGUUUUUGGGCUAGCUAGCUUAGCAUCAUCAUGAACUCCCUGGUUGGCUAUGGAGUGUCCUCCGACUCUGACAGCGACGAGGAGACGGGAGAAGGGAGCAGCGACAGACAGAGCUCUAAAGAAAGUGCCGAGAAGACAGCCGUCCAGGAGGGUCGCAACUUCUUACUUCAGUCCGAUUUGACAUCCAGUGAAUCAGAACCGGAAGAUGAAGAUCCAGAAGCUUCAUCACCACCACCACAUCCUAAAACAGCAUCAUCAGUACCGUGUGAACCCGCGCUUCCUGCACCAUCAUUUGGUUCCCAUCAUCCAAAUAAAUUACCCCCUCCACCCCUGACCUCAUCCUCUGACUGCAGCGUGUUUGCAAACCCCUUCAAGGCUCAGGUCGACCAGAGACUCAUCGCCCUGCAGAAGCACGUCCCCCUCACAAUGCAGGCCAAACCGUCCCAGAUCGGAGGUAAAAGGAUGUGUGUGUCCUACAGAAAGGAUGGAAGAUGCAGGUUUGGAAUCAAGUGCAAGUUCGCUCAUGACAGCGACCUUCAGAAUGCCUCUGCCAGUUCCUCCCAUCUGCCUGGGAGCGAAGAAUCCACAGAUGCAACUCCGGCUCCAGGCCGAAGAUCCCACAAUGCCCGGCUGGACUUCAAAGAGGAAGAGGAGCAGCCAGCAAAAAAGAAGAGAGUUGGACUGAGUAACACUUUGAUUCCUCCUAAAAAAGCGAUGAAACAGUAUCAUCUACAGAGGAGCAGAGAGCAGAUCAAUACGUCCUGAUGAACACUGUUAUUGGAGUCAAAUCAUGUUAGAUCUUAUAAACUAAGAUAAAUUAACUUUACUCACAUGGACACAUUCUGAUCCUGUUGUGAAGGGAAAUACAUUUUGAUUUAAACCUGCUACAUCAAUAAAAACUAUUUGUUUA